UAUUGUAUGGUAACAUAAAAAAUCCCAGUUAAGUGAUCAAGAGCCGCGCGCCUAUUGCAAAAUGAUUUUGGGAAAAAUGCGCUUUGCGAUGUGACACAUGUGGCACCGCGCGUCGCAUGCAAGGCGUCGUACUAUUGAAAUUCCAAUGUAAAGCUUUAUCACACGUCGCGCACGAGUGAACGCCGAUAGUGUGGUGUAAAUUACUUGGCGUCAAACUAAUGUCAGCAGCGCUGCUGACACAUAUGUUGAUUGCAUGAUAGCGCUGACAACUAGCAAUUACAAAGAAUUGUAUUAAUUAAAUUUGCAUGCGAUGCGCUGCAACAAGCGCACACGCAGGCUGCAGGCUGAAGCGCUAACCAAAUCAAUUGAGUGCAUUGAUAUGCAAUAUUGGCAGAUGUAUAUGCCUUGCGUUCUCUUUCAAAUUCAGUCAGUCUUUCCUUUACUUUACGCCCGCUACUUACAUUUACGGCGCGUCAUGAUAAUUUGCCUUUUAACACGCGUUAGCAUAGUCGCGCUCGGCGCUUUAGUGUUGCUCAAGCAUUAUUGUCAUUGUCUGCAAACUGCAGUGGACGUGCAGAGUUUUAGCAUCGCAAAUUGCCGUACGAUUCAGCAGGAGAACGCGUGCAAUUGCAGCUAUGAUGCUUUCUACGAGUCCGCGUUAAUAGGUUGCCGGAGUGCGGAUGAGCGCACUGAAUUAGAAAUAUCUAUUUAUCUAAAGAGUGAUGUGGAUGUAACUUGCAGGCAUGUAGGCGCCGCAUCUGCUGUGAGAGAUGCAAUUCCUGAUGAAUUAGUAGCGCGUUUACCACGCUUGGGCAGCAUACGCCAAGCAGCUUUCUUGAGCAUACAUGAGUGCAUGCCAUUCACGCCGCUGCUAACGCGAUUGGCGUUAACGCGCGGUAAAAUACUACACGUGCAUGGACUCGGUAGGUACACACAUUUGACGGCGCAAAAUUUCGGACACAACACAAGCUAUUUAUAUAGCAUUGUCGAAUUGGAGCUAUUGGCACAACCGCGCGUACCGCAAGCAACGCAGCGCUUAGCUGCUGAUCUCUUUACUGUCUUUCCAAAUUUGCAUACGCUCAAAAUCGAGUUAAACAUCACACAAUUGGACAUCGCUGUUUUCAUACCGCUUGCUGCUACGCUGAAUGAUUUUACGUUGAAUGCGCGUUUGCGUGCGUUUCCCACCGUCGCUUUGUCGCCGCUACGCCAGCUGCGUGUGUUGUACUUGAUGCGCCAACAGUUUGCUGAUCGUUUGUGUGCAGAUGACUUAGCGGCGUUCAGCUUGCUGGAAGAACUGUCGUUUCACAGCUGUGAAAUUAGCAGACUACCAGCGCGCAUGCUUGCGCCAUUGCCAGCGCUUAAGAAACUGCAAUUGGCCAAAAAUGAAUUACGCGUACUGCCAGCUGCAUUGCUUGUCGUAAACGCGCACCUAGAUUACUUAGAUUUGAGCGAUAAUCUAUUGGAGUCACUGCCGCGCACACUUUUUCACCCUGCCACAAAUCUAACGAGAUUGGUUUUAAAGAAUAAUCGCUUUGCUCAGUUGAGCGCGCAAAUGUUGCCGCCAUUAAGCGCGCUCAAAUGGUUAAGGCUGGAAAAUAAUCUCAUACAUACAAUCGUUGCGAACACUUUUGCCAAUGCCAAACACUUGCAGCUACUAAUGCUCAACAGCAAUCGUUUGAAUUGGACUAGCGAGACUGAGGCGUGUGACGUGUUCGCCGGCAUGUCCAGCUUACAAAUACUCAAUUUACAAAAUAAUACGCUGCAGCGCAUAUGCGAUCAGCUGGCAGCGCCGAAUCAUAGUACAAGCAAGCUGUAUGAGCUCGAUUUACGUUACAAUAAGUUCACACAUUUGAGCGCGCAACUGUUGCACACAUUAAAUAGCAGCAAGUCGUUUCGGGAAUUGUAUCUCUCGCAUAAUCCCUGGACAUGUGAUUGUGGCGCGCAAGCAUUGCAUACUUUCGUCAAGCAACAGCGUCAGCGUCAGCGUUUACGUGACAUAUUGGAGCUGCGUUGUGCCGAUGCACAGCUGGCGCCACUAGUUGAGCUAUCCUAUCAUGAUUUCUGUCUGCCAGAUUUGGGUGUCAAUGCCAGAUUUGUGUUGGGCUUCAUUAGUCUGUCGGCGCUCAGUCUAACGCUUAUCAUAACGGCGCUCUGCUAUUACAAAUACAAAUUACAGCUACAAGUGUGGCUGUAUGCGCGUCAGCUGUGCCUGUGCUGUAUCAGUGAAGCGGAAUUGGAUCGUGAACGCAAGUAUGAUGCGUUCAUCUCGUACGCGCAUCAGGAUGAGCAUUUUGUCGAACACGAACUGCUGCCGGGCCUAGAGCAGGGCACACCGCCGUUCCAGGUGUGCAUACAUGCGCGCGAUUGGUUGGCGGGCGGCUUCAUAACCGAGCAAAUUAUCGACUCUGUGGAGCAGUCACGUCGCACGCUCAUUGUUUUAUCGGAGAGUUUCAUAGCAUCGCAUUGGGCGCGCAUGGAAUUUCGCAUGGCGCAUCAAUGUGCGCUCAAUGAGGGGCGUUCGCGCAUCAUACUAGUGAUCUAUGGUGAUUUAGUGAAUUUCGACUUGUUGGAUCAGGAGUUGCGCGCGUACUUGAAGAUGAAUACCUACUUGAAAUGGGGUGAGCCGUGGUUUUGGGAGAAGUUACGUUAUGCUAUGCCGCAUCCGGCUGGUGCAAGAUCGGCGCGUGUACGGCAGCGUUCGGACGAGAUUCCUUUACAAGAAUUUAGUUAAACAAUGCGCGCGCUUUGUUUGAAGUAUUGUUUACCCCCUUGUAUGUAGAUAGUGUUGAUAUUUAUAAAAAAUCGAGUUGUUUUACAAUAUAAUAAGAAUUUUGUAGUUUGAAUGCAAAAUAAAUUAUUUAAAUAUGAAAUAAUACAAAACCGCUUUUAAAUUCUAUAAAUUGUAAAACAAUUUUUUUGAA